AUGUCACUAAAUAAACUAGUGGGUGGUGAUUGUGGUGGCAAUAACGCGCUCGUGCAACUGUCUAAAAUAGUCAGCCGAGAUGCGGCGAUAUCUCAGCAGCAUUCGCAGGCGGACAGAUUCGUCAACGAAUUUAUGACUCAAAAUCCACAAACAUCACAAACUUUUAAUAUGAAUGCAUUACUUGGCAAUUUGCCAAAAACAGAAAACAAGAAUACUGCAUUAGUUCCACAAACGACACAAGUGCCUGGUAUAAGCUCACAAGUUAGCAGACAAUGGGGAGCUGGCCCCUCCACGUCUUACAUUCCUUCACAGCCUAUUUUGAGACCAUUUUUUAUGCCACAGCAGUCCUUACUAGCGCCACAGACAUCAUCUAAUAUACAAUUAAAGUAUAUAAGUGAAUCUGAAGUUGCUACUAAUACUGAUGUUAAAGCAAAAGCUCAAGAGUAUGUCAAUGCUAUUAAAGAUGAUGAUGAACUGGCUUAUAAUCAAUUCAUGUCAUUUAUGAAAAGAAUCUCUGCAGGAGAAUUAAAUCUAGGAGAAACUACAGAAGGCACUCAAAAAAAACUUAGCAAAGAUGAGUUUUUAACAGAAAUGGAAGAAAAAUACAAAGAAGAUUGGGACAGGCUUAGUAAUAUUACUGAUUAUUGGAGUUCUGAAACUGCCAAUGGUAUACCAAAGGAAUAUACAUUCAGUGAGGGUAACAUUAUGUUGGAAAAUAAGAGUGCUCUAGAAAUAGGAAAAGAAAAGCUAAAAAUGGGUGAUAUUCCUGGAGCUUCAUUGUGCUUUGAGGCAGCUUGCCAACAACAACCAGAUUCUGCUGAGGCAUGGUUUCUUCUUGGAACAACACAAGCUGAAAAUGAGCAGGAUCCCUUGGCAAUCACAGCACUGAAAAACUGGUUGAGAGCUAGUCCUAAGUACAAUGAUUUGAUGCCCCAAGAUGUGGAUCCUAAGAAGAUGGAUUUAAAAGAACUAGAAAACCAUGUAAAGUCAUUAUAUAUGAAAGCAGUACAAUUACAGCCCACACAAAUUGAUCCUGAUGUUCAAAAUGCUCUUGGUGUAGUGUUCAAUAUUAGCCAAGAAUAUGACAAAGCUGUUGAUUGUUUCAAGACAGCAUUAAUGGUGGCGGCUGAUAAUGCAAAAUUAUGGAAUAGGUUGGGUGCUACAUUAGCCAACAGUGACAGAUCAGAGGAAGCUGUUGAUGCUUACCAUGAAGCUCUUAACUUGGAACCUGGAUUCAUUAGAGCUAGAUACAAUGUUGGUAUCACUUGCAUGAACUUAGGAGCACACAG